AUGGCUGUUAGCUCCCAGCGCGACGCAACUGAUACCACACAACAGGACUCGCCCUGGAUAGCUAGCUGGAUUAACAGCUGCAGCUGCAACAACUGCAACAACUGCAGCAGCAGCUGCUGCAGCCGCGACGACAGCUGCAGCAGUGAGCGGCUUAUUCCUGUCGGAGCAGUCGAAACUGCCGCCCUUUCUUGCGGAGUCUCCAGUUCAAACAAACGGCGCGGCCUUAAGAAAGCCUUUCUCGUGACUCCCGAGGCAGCUGCAGCAAGCAGUACCAGCAGCUGCAAACAGCAGCAAGCUGAAGCAUGUAGUGGCAAUGCAGAUAGCCUGGCGUGGGAAUUCAAGUGUACAUACACCCUGAAGAUAAGCGACCUUGAAGUCGUUGUGUUGCCGCUCCGUGGGGCCCUCUGGGGCGUUGAAAGGAAUACAAACGGGCCCCUCAACGGCUGCAGCCUUGCUUUUCCGCUGCGCCUGCGGUCGAGAGCUGCAUUCGCUUUAGUGCGUACGUACAGCUGCUGCGAGAGAGCCAAAGCUUCGCUGCAGCAGCUGCAGCAGCAGCAGUGGCUUCCAAAAGGGGAGGCGCAGCUGAUGCCCCCUGAGGGGGGCCAGCCCGCUCUGAAAAGCAAACAAUCUGCAGAUGCAGCCUUUCUGCUGACAAUAUGUUUAUACACGGACGCUGCAGCUGAGGCGGCCCUGGCGCGUAUCUGUCCUGCAGCAGCAGCAGCAGCAGAUGCCGCAGCAAUUGAGGCAGUCGAUGGAGCAGCCGCAGAUGCUGACAAGGAAGAGAUGAGCACGAAGUUACACGUGGAGAUAGACGACAGCUCCUCUUCAGACGACGACUGCUCCAGCGUGAUUCUCGAGAGCAGAACCGAAGAAGGCAGUUAG